AUAUGUCAAGUUUUACACGGAAUAUAGGCAGUGUUGUGGUUUUAACAAUAAUUUUUUGCUGGGCAUGGAGAGAAUUUUGUAAAGAAUGAAUGAAAAAUUACGAUGGAAGUGGAAACGUGGAAGCUUGAGCAUCAACUUAGAUAGCGAUUUGCAGCAUCUUAGGAGCUCAACUUUCUGUUUAGCGUGGACUUGUUCGCCGUUCUGAGGCGAAUCCCCACAAAUUCGCUCAAGGUUUCUCCUGACGUUCCUUGUUUAGGAUGAGGAAAAUGGCUGGUUUUCGAUUACCGGCGUCUCCACCGCCGCCAGAUCUCUCGAAUUUAACCGAGGAGGAAAAGGAAAUCAUCCAGUCCGUAUUGGAACGACAAAAACAAAUGGAAGAGGAGACAAAUCAGUUGCAACUAUCUCUACAGAAGGAGGUGGAAAGUUAUCAACAUCGCGUCGAAAGAAAGAGUGGUCAAGCACAAGCGGAUUCUGCUCUAAAGGAGGACAAUGUUUGCGAAAUUUGCCACAAAACAAAAUUUACUGAUGGUGCCGGAAAAGAGUGCAAGUAUUGUAAACUCAAAGUCUGUGCGCGGUGCGGAGUUCAAGUUACUAUUCCUGGAACAAAACAGGCUCGAGAUCUUCCAAAACAUUUGCUGAAGGGUUUUGCAGAGCUGAUAGUAAACACAGUGUUGACAGCUAGAGGCUUCCUUGCUCAUGUAUUUUUAAAAACUUCCACUUUGUAG